AUGGACAAGGACACCGUCUUCGUGCCCAACCGCAAGCCAACCUCCGAGUCAAAGGCCGAACAGAGCUUCUUGACACGCCUCGUGGACCACGACGCGGCGGAUACACCCAUCGUCAGUCUCUUCACUCUGGCGAUUCACCAGCUCUUCGGAUGGCCAGCCUACAUCCUGAUCAACGCAGGAGCUGGCGCACAAAGCCUUACCAGAGGCCGUCGAUCCACCGUGCCGACCUACAAGCAAAGCCAUCUCGAUCCCACUUCGCCCGUCUUCACUCGUCAAGAGCAGCCAUACGUCCUUCUAUCCAACGCAGGCAUCGUGGCCGUCUUUGCAGUCCUCUAUCAAGUCGCUCAGACCCUAGGCUACCGAAACACUUUCUUCUUGUACGGUCUUCCUUACCUCUGGAUGAACCAUUGGAUCGAAGCGCCUCAUUACGAAGAUGGGGCCUGGACUUACCAGAAGGGCGCCAUGUCCACUGUGGAUCGCGAAUUCGGCUUUAUUGGACGCCACAUCUUUCACGGCAUCAUUGAAUACCAUGUCGUGCAUCACAUCUUCCCGCGCAUUCCCUUCUAUCACUGCGAAGAGGCUACGUUUGCCAUUGCGCCGUUGCUUGGGGACAAGUACAUUGCGCAAAAGAAGACAUCUUUCCUCGCGGACCUAUGGGAAGCCUUCACUACUGCCAAGUACGUGGAAGCUCGCCCCUCGAGCGAGCCAGGAGUAGUGCAUUGGGCCAAGGCCUGA